GUGUCGGGCGGAAGUAGUGGCGACUGCGUGCGCAGGAGAUUCUCUUACUCUCCGGGUAGUAUGAGGGGCAAGAGGCGGCGGCGCUGGCGGAGGUUUCGCGAGGGGAGGACGGAGAGCGGCUGAGCCCGGCGGAGGCUGCCGAGCGGGGAGAGAAGGAUUUUCAGACAUGUUGGCUGAGGAUGAAUUUCUGAGAUCGCCGCCAAGGAAGACGGUCAGAUUCGGCGGUACCUUGGCAGAGAUCCUACUGAAAUACCAACAGGGCAAGACCACUGAGUUUGAUCUGCUGAAACAUCAGCUGUUGGAUCCAGACAUAAAAGAUGACCAGAUUAUUAACUGGCUCUCUGAAUUCCGGUCUUCUGUUACAUUUUUGACCAAGGAGUUUGAACAACUAAUUACCAUCCUAUUGAAAGUGCCAUGGUUGAGAAGAAGCCAGUCUGUGGUGGAGGAAUAUCUCGCUUUCCUGAGUAAUUUAGUGUCUGCUCAGACAAUCUAUCUCAGGCCAUGCCUGCAAAUGAUCGUUUCGCAUUUUGUACCCCCCCGAAUAACCAUCCGGGAGAAUGAUGUGGACAUCUCCGAUUCAGAUGACGAUGAAAAUGUUGUCGAGAGCUUCACCACCUGCCACAGAGCAUUGCAGACCAUUGUGAAAUAUGUCCCUUUGACACCGCAAUUUCUCAUGCCAGUGCUGGCUGAAAAAUUUCCCUUUAUUAACAAGUCAGAAAGAACCUUACAAUGUUAUCUCCAUAAUUUGCUGCGAAUAAGCGUAUAUAUCCCAGCGUUGAGGCAUGACAUUUUGGAGCUGGUUGUUGAGAAGCUGCUAAAAAUUGAUGUAAGCGCCCCAAGAAAAGAUAUUGAAGCUGCCGAAGAAGAAGAAGAGGGAAACGGUGAGAAGGGACUCUUCAAUAUGGAUGAAGAUGGGGAGAAUAUGGAGAAGAGUGAACUCAUGGCUCAUCCCAUUGCAGAACGCCUCGACAUCUUGAUGAUCGUGAUGUUUUCCUACAUUAAAGAUGUAUGCUACGUUAAUGGGAAAAUUGAUGUUGGCAACACCAAAGACUUAUACCGAGACCUUGUGGCUAUCUUUGAUAAGCUGAUUUUAACCACCCACGGAUCAUGUCAUGUGCAGUUCAUCAUGUUCUACCUCUCUAGUUUCAGAUUGGUAAUUGCAGAGGCUUUUGUGGAGCAUCUCUGGAAAAAGCUACAGAAUCCCAACGUUCCUGCUGUAAUCCGGCAAACCACCGGGAACUACAUUGGCAGCUUUUUGGCACGGGCCAAGUUUAUCCCCAUUGUGACGGUGAAAACCUGCUUAGAUCUCCUGGUCAGCUGGCUGCACACCUACAUCGACAAUCAGGGCACGGGGUCCCGAGCAUUUUGCGACGUUGCGCUCCACGGUCCGUUCUACGCCGCCUGCCAGGCUGUAUUCUACAUAGUCAUCUUUCGCCACAAGCAGAUCCUGGAUGGAAAUCUCAAGAAAGGUUUGGCCUACUUACAAAGAUUAAACUUUGAGCGCAUCAUUCUGUGCCAGUUAAACCCCCUAAAGGUGUGCCUGCCAACCAUUGUGAGUCUCUUUGCUGCCCUCACCAGGAAGUACCAAGUGGCUUUCUGUGACACCAUCAUUGAGAGGAACCGGAGGCAAAUAUUGCCAGUUGUCCGAAGCAGCUGUGGGGGGGAGUCGGUGGAGAUGGUCACAAACCCCCUUGACAGUUUUUUCCCGUUCGAUCCUUACAUUCUCAAAAGAUCAAAGAACACAGUCAAUCCUUUGUAUCAGUUUUGGGAAGAGCAGAGUGCUGAGGACCUCAAGGAGACGCCAGAACCCAUCAAUGAGGGCAAAGGUGAAGAGGAAGAUGAUUUCUUGAGGGGUGAAACUCCCCAAAAUGACAGCAUGAUCAGCGUGACGCCGAACUCUUUCAACGCUCUUGUUCACAAUUCAGAAACCAGUCUCGGAUCGCCACCAGUUGAACUGCAGCUGCAGCUCUGAACUUGG